AUGGCUGCAAAAGAAGCAGGAGAAGAAGAAGAUGUGACAAUGAAAGCAGUGCUCCCGCAGCUCAUUGACACUGCCAUCUCUGUCUUCAACCUGGCUUUCUUGAUGAUCACAGAGGCUGCUGCUGCACCACAAAGAUGUUUACUCACUAGAAAACAUCAGAAUAAGUUCUUGAUUGUUCUUUAA